AUGUUCAACACCACUCUGCACCCCACCCAUGACCUCCACCUGAACUCUACCACCCCCGGUGCCCCCGCUGGCCCCCCACCGUGGUACCAGUUCCCGGUGUGCGCCGUGGCCCCGUACGGUUUCAUCUUCUACUUUGGCGUCAAGGUGUUAAAUCUGGCCGUGGGGACGCCCUCCAACAUCCUGGUCAUGUGGCAGAUCGCCAGCAAGAAGAGCGACGCCUCCACCUCUGACAUCUUCAUCUUCAACCUGGCCAUCCUGGACGCCUACUUCUGCCUGAUGACGCCCAUCGAGAUGGUCAACCGGCUGCUGCUGGGCGACAGUCGCAUCUGGUACUUCCAGAGGUUCGCCUACGGGGUGAAGGAUGUGGCGCCGCUCUUCCUGGUGUGUAUCUGCCUGGACCGCUACAUGGCCGUUGUCCACCCGGUAGUGUUCACCCGUAUCCGUGACAACAAGAUCCGCAUCGCCAUUUCUGUGGUGGUCUGGUGCCUGAUCCUGGCUUACGGCCUCACCAAGUGCAUCGCGGGAGUCAUGAGUGUGAACGAGAUCUUCAGUGGCGUCAUCCUCUCUGCCUUUGCCAUCAUGGUCUUCUGCAACAUCUCCGUCAUCUGGGUCCUCCGCCGCUCUGUGGCGGGAAAGGAGGAGAUGCACCCAGUGAAGAAGAAGGCCUUCAAAAUGGUGCUGAUCAUCCUGGCCAUCAUCGUGGUCAACUACCUGCCGCCCGUAGCACUCAUGCCCUUCGUGUCCUACUACUCGUUCGUGGCGUUCCGCUGCCAGAUCAGCAUCAGCGUGUUCUCCAUCAUGGAUCUGAGCUGCAGCGUCGAGCCGCUCCUCUACAUCACCAAGAUGGAGUGCACAGCCGGCGGCUGCUGCUGCAGCAGGAAGCUUGAUAAGAAGCCGCAUGAUGUGACCGUGUGA